CCUUUCGUAACCAGCGGAGUCGUUUUAAUCUGGUAAUUGGACGUAAAAUUGGGACACACUGCCUAGUUUUCCGCUUUAGACGUUGUCACAGUGCUAUUGUCAGGGCAGAGGUGAGGAAAUGGACGAUGUUGUGCAAUUCCAGGGCGUCACAUGAGAGUUGCUGUGUGAUGCCGUAAGAUGAACACCAGCAACAUCAGCAAGAUCGCGUUCCACCGAGAACAAUGGGAGAGUCGACAACGGCUACAAACCCGUAUCUUCAGGGCAACUGUAGCUGUAGGUGUCCUGGACGCCGUGUGGGUCGUGUUCGUCAACCUCCUCCUGAUAGGCGUCAUCCUCACAUCCAGGAGGCUCCGGGGUGUGUUCAGAAACCAACUCAUCGUCAACAUAGCUGUGUCAGACCUGAUGAUCGGAGUCAUAUGCAUACCUCUCAAGGUGGACUUUGCCUUAAACCGCAGAUGGAACUAUGGCUGCACCAUGCAUGUGGCUUAUCAAAUCAUUGAGAAUUAUCUACAGAUUUUUGUAGCGAGCUGGUGCGUUGUCAUGGUCAACUUCGACUUCAUAUUAGAGAGGCUUCAAAUAGCCCGUCCCCGGUUGUCCCGGAGCUGCAGGACUCUGUUGUCGGUGCAACUCUUAGCGUUACCAUGGGCUAUUGCAUGCAUUGUUAUCAUGCCAAUAAUAUUUGCAAGCCUACAUCCUUUAUGGUCCGUCAGCUCAUGGAGUGAGCGAUACUGUCCAAUACUUCUGGUCAGAUGGGCGACUGUGACAUUAUCUGUGUUGUGCUUCUUCCUGCCUGGCAUCAUCAUCCUGUUCCAGGUGGGGACGAUCUUAGCUGUCUUUUACAAGAAGAGACCAGCAGGGGUGGCAAGUCUUGGUCUGCUGACGUAUUCCGACUCUGCCAGGGACACUGCCGUCAUUACCAGUGCCAGCUUGGUGACAGUCUUCAUGUUAUGUGGUGAGGAGAUAUGGUUCGUCAUGGCCGACUACAUGGGAUCGUCAUGGACGUACCACACCAUGAUUAUAUCCGGCUUUAUCUUUGGCGUAUGCGCAGACAUAAAAUCUGCAGUGCUUCCAAUUGUAUGGAUGGCUCUUCCGGAAAUAUGGGAAAAUAUCAAGUCUAACCUCAGAUGGAGGCCAUGGCGGCAGUACGUGCAGCAUCAUGACGUCGAGGUGACGUAUUACAGAAACUAUGGAGACGAUCUGAGCCCAUGACGCGAGCGUCAUGUCUUUGUAGUGACGUAGUAAUAAACCUAUGUAGGCGAGCAGAGCCUGUGACUUGUCCAGCACGACGUCAUGUUGACGUGCUAGUUUAUGUGACGACAACCAGGACCUGACCGUGCAUCGUACGUCAGAUGACGUAGUUCAGAGACUGUGGAAGCCCAUAGUGAUGCAUGACAGAACCUUGGGUAACGAUCGUAGUAAAUGAUUCGGGUCCCUAAUCAAUAUGUUAUAUAUCUUUAUUUGUAAUCCUGCAGCUAGGAAUAUCUGCAAUGGGUAUCCCCAUGGCUAAUACUUUGUAUGAGUAUAUCUGAGAGGGACAACUGCUAGUGAGCAUAUCGAUGUAAAGAGAGGCACAUGCCCUUCAAUAUUUGCAUAUUACAUCUAUAUUGUAACAAACAAUAAACCUAUUUUCACUCGA